CUAUACCACGAGUGUAGAAGCCAGAAAUUUGAACGAGUGGAGCUAACAAAUUUAUACUUGAGGAAUUUGAACCAUGGUCGUUAGGAAAUGGGUCUAGAGCCUUAUCAAUAUUAUUUUUUUAUUUUGUUACAAAUUUUACACGUAAAUUUAUCUACAUUUGAAAGUUGAGCAGGCUAUAGCCACUCCUGAAUACAACGUGGCUCCGCCACUAUGUAGAGGUAUAGUAUCAUAUGGUUCAUGACAUACAAAUUUUUUAUUCUAAGUUCUAUCAAAAUGGAUGAUAUCUUGUAAAAUACAAUUAGUCUGCUUUUUUAAAUCAAAGUUGAAACAAAUGAGAAAUAGUUUUUUGAAAUUUUGAUAGUGUCUUUAACUGCAACCCUUUGAAUUUGUGUCAUUUGUCAUGUAAGACGAAUAUAAUUUUCAUAUAUAAAGGGGGUAAAUUGCAAGUUUGGUCACUGGGUUUACUAAAAAAGCUCACGUUUGGUCACUAAAAAUAUUUAAUUCUAUUCGUAGUCACUAACAUUAGUUCAAUAGUUCAAGUUUGGUCACUCUCCGUUAGUCUCCGUUAAUUUUAGCUUAUGUGGCAGUCAACGGUCAUAGUUGACCGUUAAAUAUGUGACGUGGCAAAUAAAAAAUAAUUAAAUAUUUAUUUUUUAUUUUCCACCUCAUUAGAAUUACUAAAAGUAAAAAUAUUAUUAUUCUACCCCUCAUAUAUCCUACCACCGCCGCUGCUUCCUCUUCUUCUCCCUUUUCCAGCUAUCCAAACGCCGACGUAAACAGCUCACCAGAAAAUCCAGCCGGGAUCGCCAUUUCCUGCAUCGUCUCUCCCACUUCUCGUCUUUUUAUGCUUCCGCAAGAUCGAUUGGGUAAGAAUUGAUGGGAAACCGAAAUGGAGAGUUUGGUAGUGGCGGAGCAGAGGACCGAGGCUUUGGUGGUCUAGAAAAAUGGAUCCUCGUCGGCGGCGGUGGAGAUUUCCGUUGCAUCCACUUCGUGGCUUGCUACUAUGGCGAAGAUGCAGCGGAUGGUAGAGUUCAACCUGGCGAGGAAACACUACAACGAAUCGGGGACGUGUCUGGAUUCCGCAAUCGCCUUGCCCCGCCGCCACUUCAUCGCUCUACAAAAGACGUUGUUGUUGUCCACGGUGCACAGAUCCAACCGAAUCGGUCGAUUGCCAAAUCUAACAAGAACAAGCUCAAUGGAUGGAAGGAGUUCAUCAGGUUGAUCCCCAACCCACCAAUCAAACCUCAAAACAAAACAAAAAAAAAGACGAAAUUGGAUCUGAAAUCGCCGACAAUUCAUCAUUAAAUCCAUUCUGCCGUUGUUUUCAUCGAUCGUCAUCUUUCUGCGUCUUCCCCAAAUAGAACCUGAACCGCCCUCUUUCGAGCCUCCCAUCUGCUCAACCUCCCUCAUGCUCCACCCUCCACUCUGCCGUUGUUUUCAUCGAUCGUCAUCGCUCUGCUUCCCUCUGCUCGCCUCUACAAGCCGGAGACGAAGACGUCGGGUCGGAGAAGAAGACGAGUUCGUCAGUCGCCGCUCUACCUCCUCUGCUCUGCUCGCGAACAAGCCGGAGAAGACGUUGGGUCGGGGAGAUGAGAUUUGGUUUUAAUUAAUGAGUUGGACAUUA